UCCCUCCCCCUCCCCCGCUCCUCCUCCCUCCGCUCUUCUUUCUCGCCGGCUUUAUAAUCCCCACCACCACCUUUACCGGAGCACAUCCAGCGCCAAACUCCCAACCCACCCGCAAUUCACAUCGAAGCCGAAGCCCAAAGGGGGAAAGAAAAGAUUGUGCAGAUGGCAGUGUCGUCCGGGAUCGCCGCCUUCUCCGUCCGCGCGCCGGCGCCGGCGCCCGCGUUCCGGCCGUGCGCGGCGGCCGGCGGGGCCAGGAUGCGCGCCGGCGGCGACGGCGGGGGCGCCAAGUGGUGGGCGCCGCUGCUAGGGUGGUCCGGCCAGCCGGACUACAUCGAGGCGCAGCCGGCCGCGGCGGCGGAGGAGGAGCAUCAGCACCAGCAGCCGUCCUCCCGCGCGGCGGCGCGGAGGUUCGGCGUGCUGACGGAGGACAAGGCGCGGCAGCUGCGGAUGCAGAUGAUGGAGACGGAGAGCUUCCACGACGCCAUGUACCACUCCGCCAUCGCCUCCCGCCUCGCCUCCGCCUCGCCCGACAAGCACUAGCCACUGACCGAUUCGCCGACAAGAAGCCAAAAAAGAAGAAAAGAAGCAAGCGCCAUGUAUAUACUUCCAUGUUUCUUUGAUUUGUUUAGGAUAAAAUAAGCCAAGCCGCGUGGCGGUGGUGGUGCUAGGGAGGACGGAUUAGAGGAGGGGACUAGUAUUAGCAUGGUGCCCCUCCCGACCCGAUCGACGGCGGCGACGAGCCUCCCAAUCCCGGUGCAGAUGAGCUAAUUAUAGGGUGUGUUUAGCUGUGUAACACUUGUUCUUGCACCGAAAUGUUGUGGAGAGAAACCUGCCUGUAUGAUGUUUCGGUUUGUUCUGAUAACAUGAUUUUUAUUUCCAAAUA